AUGUCAACCCUCCAAGGCUACGUCGACCGUCGCGUCUUGCUCAUACUCCAGGAUGGGCGCGCAAUCGUGGGCGUCCUUGCUGGCUUUGAUCAGAAGUCCAACAUUGUCCUGUCGGACUCGAAGGAACGCGUCUACAGCACUGAUGAGGGCGUGGAGGAGAUCCCCCUUGGCCUAUAUCUCGUGAAAGGAGAGAUGAUAUCUCUGGUGGGCGAGCUUGACGAGGAAAUCGAUAAAUCAGUUGAUCUUUCGACCAUACGUGCGGAACCUAUCCCGCCCAUUCGUUAUGGAUAA